CUACGCAAGAUUACGCCGCAACAGCAAGUGCACCUGAACAAGCUCCUCGCUGCGUGGAUCGCUCACCAUUUUCGCCCGAUGAUUAUUGUGGAGGAUGAAGGGUUUAUUGCAGUGAUUCGAUAUAUUACGGAGGAUAUUAGUGCCGUCCAAGUGAGUCUACCAGAGCGAACCAAGAUCAGCCAGGAGAUCGUAGCCUUGGCCGUGGAGUAUCGAAAGCGCGUAAAGCUCGCAAUGAAGGUUACCUGCGACAUCUGGACUGCGCGGAACUCCAAAAGCUACAUCUCCGUAACUGUUCACUACGUUGACAAUGAAUUUUGUCCUCAAAGCUGGACCCUCGAACACAUGGCUUGCCUCGCGCAUUGUUUGCAUUUGGUUGUGGGCGGUGCAAUGAUCAAGAAGAAACGGAGAAGCGAGAGCGCCGAUGAACCAGAGUUGGCAGCCGAU